AUGAAAUCUCCACAUAGUGUACAGUCACCAUGCACGGGAUCAUGCACUGGAUCAUGCACCGGGACAGAAAAUUUCGAACAUCGAACAAACAUGCGGCCAGGAGUAAGAUAGGGCGACGAUCGAUUAAUGACGCUAAAGAAAAGGCUGGGAAAGGGCGAUAUGGUCGUUCCAAUGGUCAGCUGGGUUAACUUAGUGCAAGAGACUCGGGAUGGGAGGGUCUGUGUGUCCACCAUUUAGGCGCAAUGAAAAGUAGGAAACUGGUUCAAAAUCACUCAUUUCAUUUCCUCCUGUCGUGAGUAGAUUUUUACGAGUUCUCGUUUUUGCCAUUUUUUCCCUUUCUUUUUAUUUUUAAUGUUGGAUUGAACAGGAUCUCCUUGAGUGUUUUUCUUUCCACUGCUCCUUUCGUUCUUCGAUUCCUCCUCACAUUUGAGAUGGGACAAAAAAAGAAACAUCGCAGAUGAACAGAGGCUGACACCAGGAGAAAAACAAAACAGAAAAUGUGGGCGCCUAUCCUUUAUCCCGGGUCUGCGCGACUGCACUAGUGGCUGUUCGAACUUGACGUUGGCUUCCAAAUUGGUUAACUUUCUUGGAUAUCGCUGAGGGAGAAGGCGUCGGGAGGGGGCCUCAGGGACCACCAAUCUCGAAGUCUAUUUGGCUAUAGACAGGGUGGAGGGGUCGCCAAGCCGAAACCGCAUAACUAUAGUAUGGUAGUGAAAAUGGCCAUUGGCCACAAGAAGACUUUCGAUACAUCUCAUAUGGCUUAAACCGAUUUGAGCAACGAAUCUAGCCCCGGCACUCCGAGUAAAUGAGGGCAUAAACCUCCGCACCACGUUUUCCUCGGGGAAUUGGACGGGGCUUCUGUGAAGAGAGAUUGGUUCAAUUCGAAAUUCAAGCAGUCGACUCCGUAUACUUGAAGGAGAAGGAUUCCGUGCCAAACCAGCGUGGCUUUUUCAAAUGGCGCCAACAUCCAGGAUACCGGUUUCUUUGGCGUAGAAGUGGUGCUCUUCUAUGGCGAUCAUAUAGGGUAAUUCAUGGUAUGAUAGCAUUGAUAGCCUCGAUAGACAGGGAAAUAAUUUCUUUUUUUGAGACACUUGCAGCUAUCACAAUGGUGAAUCAAUCCAACAACCAGGGUUUGAUAAUUGAUCAUAGUGUAGGGGAUAAAGUUUAGCCGCAACUAUGGGCAAAACGAGAUUUUUUGCAUUUAGGAUAUCGUGGAGGGGAAGGGGGACGAGGGGGAGGGUGGGAGCUUUACUAUCUCGUCUUUGAAGGACUUAGAGUACUGUUCAUGUCCCUAAGCAGCGAUCGAAGUAGAAUAGCAAAAAUGAGGAGUCGAAUGACUCUACCCGUAUCAGGAUCAACAAUCACAACCUUAGGCUAUGCAUGGUGGGGGCCACUGGCAGUCUCAAUCAAACUUCAUAAAAAUCAUACCGCUAAAAACUCCCUGAAAGAAUGGAAACGCUUAUACGAAUAUAAGGAAAAUAGCGAAUAGAGUCUGUUCAAGAUAUGCAUCAUUGCUGUGAAUUGCAAACCCAGCCGAUGCUGUGUUGGUUGACGUUGGCCGAUGAAUUAAAAAAAGAGCAGUCAGUUUGAGGAUAGUUUGUCCGCGCCCAGACCCGCCAGCAACCGACGACAACAACAAUAUCAUCAUCGAUGCUCGAACAAACCCCCAAUCUAGCCCUUUCACGAUCAGGAACCAGACACCACAACAACAACACCUUGCUUGUUCUUUUUGAUUUUUUAUCAUCAAACUCUAAGAAGUUAAUUACAUACCAUCACAUCCCGUAUUUUCAUGAUGUUCGCAACCAGGUGUUUCGCUGCCACUGCAAUUCCCCGCGCCAGCACCCCCGUUGCGCUCUUCCACAGCACACGGCCAACCUUCGUCAAGGUUGGGGAUGCAGUGCCGGACCUCGAAGUGUUGACCGAGAAUUCACCCGGAAACAAGGUCAAUUUGGCAAAGGAGCUCCAGGGGAAAGGUUUGAUUAUCGGAACUCCCGGUGCAUUUAGCCCCGCAUGUUCCGCCGCACAUGUUCCCGGCUUCGCCAAUCACCCGAACCUGAAGGAUGCGGGUAAGGUGUUCGUGGUCUCCGUCAAUGACGCAUUUGUAACGGGUGCAUGGUCUAAGAUGGUCGACCCAGAGCAGAAGAGCGGGAUCCGAUUCCUUGGAGAUCCAAAGGGAGAAUUCACAAAGGCCCUGGAUCUAGACUUUGAUGCAAGCGCUAUUUUCGGGAACCUCAGGAGCAAGCGGUAUGUUUUGGUGAUUGAGGACGGGAAGGUUAAGAAGACUUUUAUCGAACCGGAUAACACUGGCCUUAAUGUGUCGAAAGCGGAGAAUGUGUUGGGAUAGAGAGGAGUGACAAGACUUUUGAACUUUUUAUGACGGAUUCCCGUUCUAUUAUCUAAGGAAAUACGGGUGCAUGUACCAUAAUGAAGAGUAGCGCUUAUAUAUUUAAACAAAAUACGCAUUUCAAUAACUAACCUAGAAAAUGCAAAUAUUCUCCUCUCAAUUUGCAAAGCUCCC